CCAUGGCUGCAGAGAACCCCGUGGAAAGUCUCCAGGAGGAAGCUACAUGUCCCAUCUGUCUGGACUAUUUCACAGAACCUUUGAGUCUGGAGUGUGGGCACAAUUUCUGCCGAGCCUGCAUCAGCCAGUGCUGGGAGGGAUCCGAUACAGCCGCCUCGUGCCCUCAGUGCAGAGAAACUGUGCAACAGAGAAACCUCAGGCCCAACAGGCAGCUGGCAAAUGUCGUAGAAAUCGCCAAGCGGCUGAAUUUACAAGCAGCAAAGGCAGCAGGAGGGGACGGGGUGUGUGGGGAACACCAGGAGACUCUGAAACUGUUCUGUGAAGAGGAUGAAACCCCCAUCUGUGUCGUGUGUGACAAAUCCCGGGCUCACCGCGCUCAAAUGGUGGUUCCCAUAGAGGAAGCUGCCCAGGAGUACAAGGAAAGAAUCCAGGCCCAUUUCAAGACUCUGAGGGAAGAGAGAGAAAAGCUGCUGGGAUUGAAAGCGACUGCAGAGGGGAAGAGCCGGGAGUAUCUGAAACAAACACAAACCGAGAGGCAGAAGAUUGUGUCUGAAUUUCACCAACUGCAGCAGUUCCUGGGGGAACAAGAGCGACUCCUGCUGGCCCAGCUGGAGAAGCUGGACGAAGAGAUUGUGAGGAUCCAGAAUGAAAAUGUCAGUCAACUCUCCGAGCAGGUUUCCCGUCUCAGUGAGCUGAUCAGUGAGCUGGAGGAGAAGUGUCAGAAACCAGCAAAUGAAUUCCUGCAGGAUAUUAAAAGCACCUUGAGCAGGUGUGAGAAGGGGAAGUUCCAGCAGCCAGAGGAGAUUUCUCCUGAACUGGAAGAGCGAGUCAGUGGUUUCUCCUGGAAAACGACUGCGCUACUGGAGAUUCUGGGGAAGUUCAAAGACACUCUGCCGUCUGCACUAGAGACAAAAAGAGGAGGAUCCCUAGGAGCAUUCAGACAGGCGAAUGUGACUCUGGAUCCAGACACGGCUUAUCCCAACCUCGUCCUGUCUGAGGAUCGGAAAAGUGCUUCAUCUGCACGCAUAUAG